CACGGCGCCCGGGAUUCGGGGUCACAAUGUGUGUCAUACUCGAGGGACAGGGCGAGCCUGGACCGAGCGCAAGAUCAUUCCCUUUUUGCCCCGCCUCUCCAUCCAGUACCCUUUCCAGAUUCAUCGCGGCCCCAUGGCCAAGGAGCGCUCAGGGCAGCUAAGGGUUAACGCCCCUUUCAGAACCCAGGGUGUUGUGCUAUUCGGGGGCAGGAUCGGGAGUGUUGGGGGAGGUUGGAAACUCAGUCCCAGCAAGAGAGGGCGUUGAGAAGAAAACCCUGGGUUGGGAGAUACCCAGGUCCCAACGGAGCAGUGAGACCUUCGCAGGGCCCAUGGCGGACACCCAGUACAUCCUCCCCAAUGACAUCGGUGUGUCUAGCCUGGACUGCCGUGAGGCCUUCCGCCUGCUGUCACCCACAGAGCGCCUCUAUGCCCAUCACCUGUCACGGGCCGCCUGGUAUGGAGGCCUGGCUGUGCUGCUGCAGACCUCUCCUGAGGCCCCCUACAUCUAUGCCUUGCUCAGCCGCAUCUUCCGUGCCCAGGACCCCGACGAGCUGCGCCAGCAUGCCCUAGCUGAGGGCCUUACCGAGGAGGAAUAUCAGGCGUUCCUGGUCUAUGCUGCGGGCGUCUACUCCAACAUGGGCAACUACAAGUCCUUUGGCGACACCAAGUUUGUUCCCAACCUGCCCAAGGAGAAGCUGGAACGUGUGAUCCUGGGGAGUAAGGCCGCUCAGCAGCACAUGGAGGAAGUCAGGGGCCUCUGGCAGACCUGUGGGGAGCUCAUGUUCUCUCUGGAAUCGAGGCUUCGGCACCUUGGGCUGGGGAAGGAGGGUAUCACCACCUAUUUCUCUGGGAAUUGUACCAUAGAAGAUGCCAAACUAGCCCAGGACUUUCUGGACUCACAGAACCUCAGUGCCUACAACACACGACUCUUUAAGGAGGUCCGCCAGGAUGGGAAGCCCCACUACGAGGUGCGGUUGGCUUCCGUGCUCAGCACAGAGCCGACUUUGGACUCCGAAAUGGCUUCCAAGCUGAAGAGCUAUGAAUACCAGGGGAGCCAUUUCCGGGUGACAAGGGGGGACUAUGCUCCCAUCCUCCAGAAGGUGGUGGAGCACCUGGAGAAAGCCAAGACGUAUGCAGCCAACAGCCACCAGGAGCAGAUGCUGGCCCAGUACAUAGAAAGCUUCACUCAGGGCUCCAUCGAGGCCCACAAGAGGGGCUCUCGCUUCUGGAUCCAAGAUAAAGGCCCCAUUGUGGAGAGUUACAUCGGGUUCAUCGAGAGCUACCGAGACCCCUUUGGUUCCCGUGGAGAGUUUGAAGGCUUCGUGGCCAUGGUGAACAAGGCCAUGAGCGCCAAGUUUGAGUGGCUGGUGGCAAGUGCGGAACAGCUGCUGAAGGAGCUGCCCUGGCCCCCAGCCUUCGAGAAGGACAAGUUCCUCACCCCUGACUUCACCUCCCUGGAUGUUCUCACCUUCGCUGGCUCCGGCAUCCCUGCUGGCAUCAACAUCCCCAACUAUGACGACCUGAGGCAGACAGAAGGCUUCAAGAACGUGUCGCUGGGGAACGUGCUGGCAGUGGCCUAUGCCACGCAGCGGGAGAAGCUCACCUUCCUGGAGGAGGAUGACAAGGACCUGUACAUCCGCUGGAAGGGGCCCUCCUUUGAUGUGCAGGUGGGGCUGCACGAACUGCUGGGCCACGGCAGCGGCAAGCUUUUUGUGCAGGAUGAGAAAGGAGCAUUCAACUUUGACCCAGAGACGGUGAUCAACCCAGAGACGGGGGAGCAGAUUCAGAGCUGGUACCGGAGUGGGGAGACCUGGGACAGCAAGUUCAGCACCAUCGCCUCCAGCUAUGAAGAGUGCCGGGCCGAGAGCGUGGGCCUCUACCUCUGCCUCAACCCCCAAGUGCUAGAGAUCUUUGGCUUUGAGGGGGCUGAUGCAGAGGAUGUGGUCUACGUGAACUGGCUCAACAUGGUUCGAGCCGGACUGCUUGCUCUGGAGUUCUACACCCCUGAGGCCUCCAGCUGGAGACAGGCCCACAUGCAGGCCCGGUUUGUGAUCCUGAGGGUCUUGCUGGAGGCUGGCGAGGGGCUUGUCACCGUCACUCCCACCACAGGCUCCGAUGGGCGCCCAGAUGCCCGGGUCCGCCUUGACCGCAACAAGAUCCGGUCUGUGGGCAAGCCCGCCCUGGAGAGGUUCCUGCGGAGACUCCAGGUGCUGAAGUCCACGGGGGACGUGGCCGGAGGCCGGGCCCUAUACGAGGGGUAUGCGGCCGUCACCGAUGCACCCCCUGAGUGCUUCCUCUCCCUCAGGGACACUGUGCUGCUCCGCAAGGAGGCUCGAAAACUCAUUGUUCAGCCCAACACUCGCCUCGAAGGCUCAGAAGUACAGCUUCUUGAGUACGAGGCCUCAGCUGCUGGCCUCAUCAGAUCCUUCUCUGAGCGCUUCCCAGAGGAUGGGCCCAAGUUGGAGGAGAUCCUCAUCCAGCUGGCCACAGCCGAUGCCCGAUUCUGGAAGGGCCCCAGUGAGGCCCCAUCUGGCCAGGCUUGAGGCAGAUUUGUACAGCCACUCCCCCUGCCCCCUCCACUCCAUCAAAACAAGGCUACAAGGGGCCCCCUUUGUAUGUGUGUCUUAGGGGCCAGGGGAGGGGCAGGAGCUCGGAACUUGGUGCUACCUUAGUCGAAGGUGGUGACACUAAGCCCUUCCAGCACUUUCGUUUACCAAGUGCUUCCCCUGUGUUAUCCCAUUUGAUCCGCGCUCCUCUCAGCAGACAGGGCAAGACAGGGCUCCUUAUCCUGGUUCCCAGGUGAGGAAAGGCAAGUUCUGAGAAAGUGACCUCUCUAAAUCCUGCAGGACUCAAAACCUCUCCCAAUCCAGUGCUCUUCAUGUAUUACUUUUAUAACCAGAAAAAUAAAUAUUAAAAACCACUGC